AGGUCAGGACUGCACAGUUCCAUGUUAUUUGCAAUUGGUCCGUGUUAGCAAGCAGGAGGCGGAGGAAAGAAGUGAAAGCAUCAGUAUAACGGCGCCGGAGGAGGAGAGGAAAGAAGAGAAAGAGGAGAGCAAGCCUGUCCGAUACAAACUCAAAACAUCAGCACUUUGAUUGAUGGUGGAAGAAGUCUUUUAACACACAGACGAAUGAAAUUGGGGCCACCUGUCGGUUUGAAGACUACUUUUCUGCCUUUGGCAAGCUCCCCCCUCCCCACACAGCGCUGCGAUGCCACCCCCGGCUGACAUAGUCAAGGUGGCCAUUGAGUGGCCUGGGGCCUUCCCCAAGCUAAUGGAAAUUGACCAGAAAAAGCCACUGUCAUCUGUUAUAAAAGAAGUGUGUGAAGGGUGGUCGUUGGGCAAUCAUGAAAACUUUGCUUUGCAACAUGCGGAUGUCACAAAAUUUUAUAUCACAGAAAAGAAUCGUAACGAAAUAAAAAAUGGUGCAAUUCUUCUACUGACUUCAUCCCCUGCUCAAACAGCACAGCAGCUUCACGAGAGGAUCCAGUCCUCCAGCAUGGAUGCCAAGUUAGAAGCACUCAAAGACCUGGCCAGCUCUUCCCGAGACAUCACCUUCGCCCAGGAGUUUAUUAACCUGGAUGGCAUCUCUCUCCUGACUCAGAUGGUAGAGAGUGGAACAGAACGAUAUCAGAAACUGCAGAAGAUAAUGAAGCCCUGUUUCGGAGAUAUGUUGUCCUUUAUGCUGACUGCAUUUGUAGAGUUGAUGGAUCACGGAAUAGUCUCCUGGGACACUUUCUCAGUGGCUUUUAUCAAAAAGAUAGCAAGUUAUGUAAACAAAUCUGCAAUGGAUGUGGCAGUUUUGCAGAGGUCCCUCGCCAUUUUGGAAUUAAUGGUGUUGAAUAGUCAUGACCUCUACCAGAAGGUGGCGCAAGAGAUUACCAUUGGCCAGCUCAUCCCACAUCUACAAGGGGUUGAUCAGGACAUCCAGACAUAUACUAUUGCUGUAAUUAAUGCACUGUUCCUAAAAGCACCAGCAGAAAAGAGACAGCUUGAUUUGGAGGACAAUGUUAACAUCCUUGAUUGUCCUCUAACAGAAAUGGCAAACAUCUUGGCUCAGAAGCAGCUCCGCUCUAUCAUUUUAAGUAAUGUUAUCCACAGCAACAGAUCUAUUAACUCUGAAAUGGCUCAUCAGCUCUAUGUGCUUCAAGUGUUGACCUUCAACCUUCUGGAAGACCGGAUGAUGACAAUGAUGGAUCCCCAGGAUCAGGCCCAGCGAGAUAUCAUUUUUGAGCUCCGUAGGAUCGCAUUUGAUGUUGAGUGUGAACCUAAUAACAGUGGUAGCAUAGAGAAGCGCAAAUCCAUGUACACCAGGGACUACAAAAAGCUUGGAUUCAUUAAUCAUGUCAAUCCAGCAGUGGACUUCACUCAGAUUCCUCCAGGGAUGCUUGCUCUGGAUAACAUGCUGUACUUUGCCAAGCACCAACAGGAUGCCUACAUUAGGAUUGUGUUAGAAAACAGCAGCCGGGAAGACAAACAUGAGUGUCCUUUUGGUCGAAGCAGCAUUGAGUUAACCAAGAUGCUUUGUGAAAUCCUGAAAGUAGGAGAGCUGCCCAGUGAAACCUGCCCUGACUUCCACCCCAUGUUCUUCAUCCAUGACCGAUCCUUCGAGGAGUUCUUCUGCAUCUGCAUUCAGCUGCUAAAUAAGACCUGGAAAGAGAUGAGAGCCACCUCUGAAGACUUCAACAAGGUUAUGCAGGUGGUGAAAGAGCAGAUCAUGAGAGCACUGAGCACCAAGCCUAACUCGCUGGACCAGUUUAAAAGUAAACUGCAGAACCUGAGUUACACAGAGAUUCUGAAAAUUCGCCAGUCUGAAAGGAUGAACCAGGAAGACUUCCAGUCUCGUCCUAUCCUCGAGCUGAGGGAGAAGAUCCAGCCGGAGAUCAUGGAGCUAAUCAAGCAGCAGCGUCUCAACCGGCUGUGUGAGGGAACAUGCUUUAGGAAGAUCAGCAGCCGACGACGGCAAGACAAGUUUUGGUACUGUCGUCUGUCUCCUAACCACAAGGUCCUGCACUAUGGAGACUUGGAGGAGAGCCCCCAGGGAGAAGUGACCCAUGAUUCUUUGCAGGAGAAAUUGCCAGUGGCAGACAUUAAAGCUGUUGUAACUGGAAAGGACUGUCCCCAUAUGAAGGAAAAAGGAGCCCUGAAACAGAAUAAGACAUGGAAGGGAGAUGGCUUUGGCACUGCAAAGGAGGUGUUGGAACUUGCGUUCUCAAUUUUGUAUGAGUCAGAUGAAUAUUUGAAUUUUAUUGCCCCUGACAAGAAUGAGUACUGUGUGUGGACGGACGGUCUGAAUGCCCUUCUAGGGAAGGAGAUGACAAGCGAUCGUACCAAAUCUGACCUGGACACGCUACUCAGCAUGGAGAUGAAGCUCCGCCUCCUCGACCUUGAGAACAUUCAGAUCCCAGAGGCCCCGCCCCCUAUUCCCAAAGAGCCUAGCAACUACAACUUUGUUUACGACUGCAACUAACAGUGGACUAACCAAAUCAUUUCUUAUUCAUACUGGAAAAAAUAAAUAAAAUAAAAAACUGGAUCUGUCUUUGACGUUGAAUGUUUUUUCAUGCUAUACUUGCUAAUCUCAUUAGAUGUAUUUUAACAUAAUUAUAGCACUUAACAGCUUGCCCAUAUGGCCUUCUAAACAGUUAUCAACUACAAUCGGGCCAAAAAAUUGUCUAUCUUGUUUACAUUAAGCCAGGAACUGUACAAAGUAUACAGCUAUGGACAAAAGUUUUGCAUCACCCUAUAGAAUGAACUCAUUUUGCUUUAUAAAGUGGAAUGAAACCUGCUGAAAAAUGUUACACUAACAUAUUGAAUUGCAUACUGCUUUGUAGUUUUCCGUUUACUUAAUGAAAACCUGACAAAUUGAAAAUUGUGACAUUUUUGAAAUCUAACAUGGUAGACUUGUGUGAUAACCAUGUUGUAGUUUCUUUGAUUACACAAUGUUAAAUAAAAGAUCUAAGUUAUGUUCAUAUAGUUUUUUUUUUUUUUUAAUGUCUCAAUCCUAAAAUUCUAGGUGAUGUAAAACCUUUGGCCACAGCUGUAUGUGUACAGAACCAAAUAUUCCCUUCUGUCACUGCAUGCGUAAUUGUACUGCAUUAGAUUUCCUAUCUAUAUAUCAAUUUUAUAAUGCAUAUAUAUUUUUUUUUUUUCAAAGUUUUGGCAGGGUAACUUCUCGAACUCCUAGAGCUCACACAAACUGUUUUAAAAUUUCUGAAAAUUCAAAUCGGGACCAAAGGGGAUAAAUAAGAUCAUCUAACAAUUUCUCUUAAACAUCAAAAUCUGAUUUCUCCCUAAAUGUUUUUUUAGAGAAAAUACAGAAAUGCUAAUAUAGAAAACUAGACUAUAAGUCUUUAUUCAUUAAAGAAAAAGAAAAUACAUACAAAUAAAAAAUAAAACUUGUUUUUGAGUUCUGAGUCCUGUGGUUUUGAAAAAAAAGUUGAUGUUGCACAUUUAUUACAUGUGGCAGCUAUUUCUUGAAAUGUUAGGACAUUUAAAAAUAAAUGGGAUUAGUAUCUUAUUCUCACCCCAUGCAGACUGUUAUUAAAUAAAGUAUGCCCUUAACUUGCCACUAGAAUACACGCAAACUGCCUCUGUCUUGAAAGCACAAAUCAUGAUGCCAGUAGUAAUUCAUGCUUGUAACUUUUUUUUUUCUCUCAAAUGUUUCAUUGGCUGUAAUAUUCCAACGCAACCUUUAGCUUUUUUGUUGAGUAGGCUAGCUAAACUGUAGUGAUAAUGUUUGUGUAACCUGCCAAAUAGCCAGUAUUAUGUAAUUGUUUCAGUGUUAAACAAACAACACAUUUAACAAAAUCAAGGGAACAUUUUGUACAAAAAAAUAGUGUAAAAGCUGUCAACAUUUGGAAAAAUGUGUAUAUUUAAUUUUAAAAAAUCCUACAAAUGUUUCUUUUCCUUUUUUGACAAUUAUUACUGUUCUCUAUACAUUGUAACAUCUGUUCUAAAUAAAACCUGCCAUUAAACCUGAUGUGUACAUUAAAACUGUAUUCAAGUAA